AUGGAGGAAGAUGAAUAUUGGAUACUGAAUUUCCAAUGGCUUUUCCUCCUUAUCGUCGAUCUCACUUCCAUAGCAAAACUUAUAGCUCCCUUGUCCACAUUUUCUCUCGUCUUUCUCCUUUCACCAUUCCAACUCAAUCCGGUAAUAAUCCUGCCUGCGAAUCUGAGAGUGGCAGAGGUGGCGGUGAUUUGGAUGGAGGAGGUGUUACGCAGUAGAGGCCUGGUCGUGGAGGACGGCGAUGAAGGGAUCUGA